AUGGAAUUAUAUAGCAUAACAUUAUACUUAAUUAUUAUAAUAAUAUCUUCUUUUGUCGGUUAUUAAAUUGUCUUAAAAGCUAUAGUUAAUGAUUAUGAAAUAAAAAAUUAAACAGCAGAAAUUAUAUAUUGUUUAAUUUUUGCAUUUUCAUGUAAUAGUUUUAUGCUUCUGAUUUUCGAAGUAUUGAAAAUUGGAAAUGAUUAGGAUAGAUUAAUAUUUUGGAAACUUACAAUUUAGGCAUUAGUAUACUCUUGUAUUAUUUUAAUUCCUUUUAUUUUAAUUUAUAAAAUUGUAAGAAAACUUUGGAAUAAUACAUUAAUUCAAUUUUUAAAUAUAGGAAUAUUAUAUAUUUACUUUAUUCUUAAAUUAUUUGAAGUUUAAAAAUAUAUGAAAGUUAAUUAACUUGAAGAAUUACUAUAAUUAGGAAAGCAAAUAGAAUUAAUAACUAUGGUUGGAACUUAUAUGAUAGCAAUUUUAUCAGGAAUUGGUUGUGUGGAGUGUCCAUAUUAUUAUUUUAAUUUCAUUUAUUCUAAUAGUAUUUUAUUAUAAUUUUUAAUCUAUUAAUUAAAUUUUGAUUAGUAAAAGAUAUUAAACAAUCUAAGGUUUGUCAUGAAGAAAAUCUAAAAUAUUUAAAUAAUAAAAAUAUAUAUACAAAAAUAUUUAAUUAAAAAUUUAAUUAUAUGUAAAAAAUAGAUAAAUAAAAAUAUAUAUAUAAAUAAAUAUAUACAUAUAUAUAUAAUAUAAAUAUAUAUAUAUAAAUAAAUUUUGGAUUUGCUAAUAUAUAUAUGUAUAUUUAUUUAAUUUAUAUUAGAUUAUUAAGAACUUUAAAUAGAAAUUUAAAGACAUGAAUAUUCAUAAACUUUUAAAGGAAAAUUUUUUAAAUUUCUUAGUUUUAUAAUGGGAAUAUACUGCAUUUAUAGAAUAAUAAUUAGCAUUUACAAUUAUACAAUUGGAAGAUAAAAAUCGAUAGACCCAAUUAAUAGAAUUUUAUAAAAUAUACUUCCUUUAGUCGGAAUUAUUAUAAAAGAUGAUGAUUAUGAUACUGCAAUAAAUUAUUUAUCAUUUACUUUUUUAGGUUUUCUAAUGAUAACUAGUGUUAGAACUUUUUGUAUUAAUUUAGUCAAUUUUACAGGAAUAUUUAUUGGUCAUUUGCAUUCAAGGAGUGUUGAUACAGACAUAAUUGUUUAUUUUUUAGCUGAAAUAGUUGGAGUUUAUUUUAUUUCUACUUUAGUUCUUAUUUAAUAUAGUGUCGCAGAAUAAUACUUUAAGCAAUUAAAAUACUAAUAAAACGGUUAGAGUUAAUAAUAAGAAUUAAGUUCAAAUUUAGUUAACAUAAAAUAUUUAUGGAAAUUAGACAUCAAUUAAUCAAUAGGAUAUGGUAUUCCUGAAAGUUAUUAAAUAUCAGAUAAAAUAGCUUCGUUUGAUAUGGACUAUACAUUAAUUAAAACUAAAAGUGGUAAAAAAUUCCCUUAAAAUGAACAUGAUUGGAUUCUUUGGGAUUAAAAAGUUAAAACUAAAUUAACUUAACUAUAUAAAGAUGGAUAUUUAGUAGUCAUAUUUUCUAAUCAAGGAGGAGUUGGUAAAGGACAUACUACGGAUAAAUAAAUAACUAUUAAAAUUACUAAUAUAGCUAAUACAAUAGGAAUUCCUAUUAUUGCUUUUUAUGCUAGAAAAGAGGAUGCGAAUAAAAAACCAAACAAAGGAAUGUGGGAGUUUUUCUUGGAUUAAGUAUUAAAAGGCAAUACUGUUAAUUUAAGCGAAUCGUUUUAUUGUGGAGAUGCAGCAGGAAGAAAAGGACCUCCUAAAGACUUUAGUGAUUCUGACUUAAAAUUCGCUCUUAAUAUUAAUUUAGCUUUUUUCACACCUGAAUAGUAUUUUUUGGAAAUAAAACAAUAAAUUUCUUAAGAAUUUUUUGAUCCUAAAAAACUGCCUACAACUGGUGAUUUAUUCAAAGAAAAAAAUGUUGUAUUGAAAUCAGAUAAAUAAGAAAUGAUAAUUCUUAUUGGAUCAGCAGGGUCUGGAAAAUCAACUUUUGUAUAUAAUCAUUUGUAAGAUUAUCAAAGAAUUAAUAGAGAUGAACUAAAAACAAUGCCUAAAUGUUUAUAAGUAGCUGAGAAUGCGAUAAAAAAUAAAAAAAAUAUUGUUAUUGAUAAUACUAAUCCUACAUCAGAAGCAAGAAAAGACUUUGUAAGUCUUGCAAAGAAAUACAAUAUACAUUUAAGAGCUUUUGUUUUAAGUGUUGAUAAAGAUCUUGCAAUGCAUUUAGAUAAUUAAAGAGAGACUAAUAAAGAAAGAAAACAUUUUUCAAAAAGAGUAGGUAGAAUUCCUAUUCAUACCUUUUUCAAAAAUUUUUAAGAACCAACUAAAAAUGAAGGAUUUGAUGAAAUAGCUCAUAUAAACUUUAUUGCUGGUCCAUUUUUAAAUGACAAAGAUAAAUAAAACUUUUUUAGUUUUGGAAAAUGA